AUGAUGGGUAGCUUGAAAAUGGUCUCUCCACCGCCUCCAGCGACAAGCUUCCGGCGGAUAACGGCGAACGGAGAUGGGUUUCCGGCAUUUCUUCCAAAGGAGGUAAAGAACAUAAAAGAUCCAUUCGCAAGAACUCUAGCUCAAAGAAUUGUUCGACUUCCUGUUCCUCUUCAGAUGGGAAACUUUAGAGGCUGUGUAAUGAGUAGCUGUAUCAAACCAAUUGUUCAAUCACACGACAAAAGUCCCGUCGUUCUUCUCCAUUGUUUCGACAGUUCGUGUCUUGAAUGGAGACGUACUUACCCUCUGCUUGAACAAGCUUGUCUUGAAACUUGGGCUAUUGAUGUUCUUGGUUGGGGCUUCUCCGAUCUUCAGAAACUUCCACCGUGCGAUGCAGCAUCUAAGCGACAACAUCUUUUCGAGCUUUGGAAAACAUAUAUCAAACGACCAAUGAUAUUAGUUGGACCAAGUUUAGGAGCAACGGUAGCUGUUGACUUCACUGCUAAUUACCCUGAAGCUGUUGCUAAAUUGGUUCUCAUUAACGCCAAUGCGUAUUCAGAAGGAACCGGUCGGCUUAAAGAGUUACCAAAAUCAAUAGCUUACGCUGGGGUUAAGUUGUUGAAGUCAUUUCCUCUUCGCCUUUUGGCCAAUGUGUUAGCAUUUUCAUCUCCCUUGUCGGAGAACAUAGAUUGGACUAAUAUUGGUCGGUUACAUUGUCAAAUGCCGUGGUGGGAGGAUGCGAUGGUCGAUUUUAUGAUUAGCGGUGGCUAUAAUGUCGCUUCACAUAUCAAACUAAUUAACCAUAAGACGCUAGUCGUAUGCAGUGAAAAUGAUCAGAUUGUUAGCAACCAGCUCUCAGUUAAAUUGUUGUGUGAGCUACAAAAUGCGGUUUUCCGGGAAGUACCAGAUUCCGGUCAUCUUCCACAUGUUGAGAACCCUAAACACUUUGUGAAGCUGAUAUCGGAUUUCGCCAGUGGGAAGCUCAAUUGA